AUGCCCAAUCUUGUUUUUAUCGAUGCCUUGGACAAUUCUCGAAAUAAUCAAAUCCGAGUGAAGCGCCACGUUGCCAACGCGACUCACAAGCGGAAACGACUAGCAAAUGUUAUCAGGCAUCGCACUGCAGGAGCCUCUGCGAAUCGGCACACUACUCCGAUUGGCGCGCUGGAUGACGUGGUAGAAGAUGAAGAGCCCUCCCGAUCUAAUUGUCUUGUGAAAGACACUAGCUCUUUGGUCGAUGGACGCAAUGCCAGUUCUAAGGCUCGACGCAAACAAGAAACCAAGGCUGUCAUGCUUCGGUGGCGGCUUCCAGUUCCUCAAGAUAUCACACCGAGGGGCGACCAGUUGAAAAUCGAACUGGUCCUUACCCAAUCAUGCAACUGGAUGUUUGGACAAUACACCUAUCCGUGGUCUAUCCUCAUAAAGCGAGACCCAACCGUUUACGACCAGAACAAUCGCAUUGAGAUUUUUAGAGAAGCUUUCUACAUUGUUUCAGACUUGAUCAGCUCGCAAAGGGUUGAUGCAGCCUUUAAAGUUUUGAAGAGUACUUUGGAUGCUGUACCGGGGCUCUUUCGAGACUCCCAUCCAGAGAUCCUAUUUUCGCUUGUGGAACUUGCAUCUGGCAUCAACAUGCCUGGGGCGGACGCCUUGCACGCAAAAGUCAAGGUCCACAUUGCUGACAUGGCCGAGGUCGUUCUAGGUGUUCAGCAUCCGCUCACGAUCCUAUUGCGAUCCGAAUUCGAUGCUGCCCCAAGAUCUCAUGUUACUGAACUCGUUUUCAAAUGCAUAAUUGAUGCGCUUUCCAAAACGUUUGGUCAAAAUGCAUACCAAACUCUUGUUCAACAAAUGGGACGUUCUCAGUUCUAUGCCCGGACUGGACGAGGACGAGAUGGCCAAGAGCUGAUCACAAGAGUCAUGAAAGAGUGGCAAGGACAGUAUGGAAGUGACUCCGUGUUGGCGAGACUAGCAGAACUGGAGUUGAACCUUAUGCGUUUGCAGGAGUGCCAUGAUCCUGAUUCUUCAGUCGAGGCUGAGACGAACAAUUCGAUGUUGAGAAUCGAAGUGAUGACAGGAGUCUACACUAACAAAUUCACCGAACGGCCAACUUCAACCGAGGCAAAACUAGACAGAUCUUCGCGGACAUUGGCUCUUGCGCAUUGGUUCUUACUCAAGAAACGGUAUACUUUUGCUCUGCAUGUUUAUGGCCGACGAAGCGGACAAUCCGCCGAAGACUGCAUAUCUACUCCUGAUAAUCGGGACCAAUCUCUGGCAGACAAGAUCUCUGAUAUCGUCGAGGAGGCGCUCUCCGAGAUCCUCUUCUCUCCCGGAAACAUUUCGAUGCUUCCUUUGCGUGCGUCAUUUAGUGACGAGCGCGUGUCAUUUGGUUGA